AUGCUCAAUCUCUACACAGAAACCGGCUUUGAGGUAGUGCCUGCGACAUCUGCUUCAACGAUCGAAUUCCAGAUCCCCCGAAGCAAUGGCUCCUUCGAACGGUCACGAAGCCUACCGAAACAACAGUCUCGACGCAAAGAGUUUCCCCAUGACGAACAGACCUUUGCCGCACAGCAUCUAGCCUCCGACAGCUCCAUCUACUGCAGACAAUCCAAGUCUUAUCCAAGGACCUUUCUCUGGACCGUCCUAGAAGACGCAACCGUCUUGCAAAUACAAUGCGCUGAUUUGUCGAGAAGUGAAAAUGACACCAAGGAAGCCUACUUGACUCUUCGUUUCGAAUUCCAAGAUCCUAUCAUCCACCGCGGCGUGACGUUGGCAGAUCUCGAGAAGGGAGACAUUCUACAUGUAUUCGUCUGUACCAACAAGAACGAAAUCUUCAACCUCCAAAUCCCUACAGACGCAUUUCGCGACUCUGCAAACCUCAAGAGUAGGAAUGUGCAAUCCUGGUGUAAGGCGCUAGAUAGUUCAUCCCUCAAGCUGCACACGGCUCAUCGUCUAUACGCCGCAACACCCCUUGAGAUCUUCAUCUCAUUCACCAAUGGAAAGCUUCAGAGAUUAAAGAGGAGGACUGGCGAUGACACCUGGGUUGAAGAUAAUUAUGACGAUCGCUCAUGGGGUGCCUCAUUGCGGGGGAUGGUAUCAUGGCGGGGGCCGCAAGCGAUCGAAUAUGAUUCCGGCCAUCUCGACCUGCGCACUGUUCAAUCCAUGGUAGCUUCCUCGGAUGGUGUUCAUCUUUUCACUGUCUGUCUCAACCAUACCCUGCGAGUGUGGCAUUUACCUUCUGGUACCCUUGUGGCAUCAAAAGAUCUUCUUGACAAGAAGCGAGAUCCCAAUGACCGAACACACCUAAACCCGACUGAGCAUGCACAUUUGCAAGUGUUCAAGCUGCCUCUCCAGAGGUUUCCCGUACUUCUCACAUAUAGCCCACAAGAUGGCGGGCAGUUCAAGUUCUGGGAUGUCAAAGGGAGCUUAACCGACACGAUAACUCUCGAGGAUAAAUAUCCAGGCAUUAAACUCUCUGCGCCAGAUCCGGAUCCCUCAGGCAACACCGUCUGGACCUUGGUUGGAGUCAAACUCAAUCCUGGCAAUGAUGUUCAACCUGGCCGUCUGUGGGUUUUGUGGCGCAAUCACAACUAUCACCAACUCUACAACUGUCAGUUCGAAUACGCUAACAUUGCGUCUUCUUGGAAGUCAAACUGGGUUAAGUGUGCCACAAAAUCAUCACAAAAAAGACUCGCUCCAGAACUGGUCCGAUCGGACGAUCAAGAUGCUGUGUCCCAAUGGCUCGAUUUUCUGCUGGCACCCGGUCACUACUCCGAAACAGUCCUGCGGACGGCAUUAGCGAUUUACGAAGGUGCGACUCACAAAUCUACAAAAGCCUCGCAAACUGAAAUUCAACUGAGGCAACGAAUGUGCACCGUGAUCGCAGCAAAGGUGCCUCUUCGAAAAUACGGCGAAGCUGACUUGGAUUUCGAUCGCUUCAUUGUGGACACAGACACACAAUGGCGUAAUUUCCACCGCAUCGUCGACAUGGUCAACGAUGCUCGAAUUGCGCCGUUGUCACUGGUUUAUGAUUCAUUUAGUGAAAUGAUAUGGAUUCCUAUGUCCGGCAAGCUUUGUGGUGUCAGGGAAUGCAGCAAACUGGAGCUCUUGGAACAAAAUAAUAUCCAGGACGUUGGGGAUCUUGAAGAUGUUUGUGCCAAAACCUGGCCGCACCGCAAGGUUAGCUCGGACGAUGGAGACAGUUUUGUCGAUCUUGCCACACUUGUCUCAGCAGCAAAAUCGUUCCGAGAGUCUUUCCCUCCUGAACUAUCCCAUAACUUCAUCGCAGCGAUCGAAGAGGACAUUUCUACCACACCCCAGUAUGUCGUUCCCACACGCAUCAAUGACAUCUGCGAUAAUAUUGGUCUUAGCGAGGGAGUUUCAGACGACAUUUUCAACCAGCUAGAGACGAAUCUCGAGUCAUUAGGUGGAUGCACGGGCGUUAACAAUGAGCUCUUCCUUGCACUACUCGAAUUAUUGCCAAACAAAACAAAAACAGUGAAGAGUGCUUUACGAAAUACUCUCUUCGGCAGUUUACUCCUAUCGAAGGGAAUCGCGGACCAAUUUGAGGCUAUACAGGAGCUUCUCCUAGACCUUGUUGCACUGGCACUCUUUGUCGAGGGGGAGUUUAAUCAAGAGGACACAAAGAUACCAUCAUUUGAUGCUUCAGAGCUUUUUGAGCAUAUUACUUCUAUGCUCAAAACCUGUCAGAGAAAUCUGUGGCUCUCGAAACACUCCCGUCGCGUUCCGUUAGAGUUUCCUGGCUCAGCAGGUCAACCAAAUACUACUCGCCGAAAUUCAGAGGUCCAUACCCAGCAGACCAGAGUUGUAAGCAUCCUUGAGGACACGCUCGGUAAGGCAGUUCGACCACAGCCUGCAGUUGAGAGGCCGCAGUUAUUCUUGAUCACAGAUCAAUUGGCAGAAAUUCAAUGUUGGGCUUCAGGAGAAGACAGCAUCCCCGCGGAAAAUGGCGCCGUCUAUCUUCAGUGCGAUCUACUCAAGCAAGAAGAGUUCGAUCUUGCAAGCGAUUUUCUACGCUUUCAGCCGUCAACAUCUUGGUCCAGCUACGUCAAGGGCCGUCUAGGUGUCGGUAUUGGCCAGUACGACAUGGCUGCAGAAUAUUUCCGCAAAGCAUCGUAUGGCUUAGCACAUGGGAAGGCUGUUGGGAAUCUUGUGGAGCUUUCAGCGGGUUUACUCUCCGUCAUAGAGGCAGGGUCAUUCUACAACGGACUUCCUCUCUACCUACAUCAUGUCACUACAAUAUUCGAGGCAUCUAAGGCAUACAACGAAGCAAGCCGAUUUGCACACCUCACAUUGGAAGCCCUUGAAGCAGGACGAGAGGCACCAAGGUUGAAUUUUCGCACGGAGGUGCUCUCAAGAUUGUUCAACUCGGAACUCAAAUUAUCAAGAUAUCAAAAUGCCUACGAUGCAUUGGUGCAACUAUCUGACCGUGCAUUGCAGCGGUCUUCAGUAUCAGCAUUGGUCAAUGCUGUACUGAACUCCCAAUCAUCCAUAAGCGGCUCGAAAAGUGCUGUCCUGCUUCUACAGUCCCUACCGUGGGCAAUGCAUCCUCAUCUGGCUCACCAACUUGACCAACACCUUAUCUCGCUAGCUAAGAAUCAGACAACUGCCGGUUCUCGAAAUCCAGGGUGGUCGUCCGCAGCUAGCGCCAUUGAUUAUCUGGACAUUGUUCAUGCCAUAAGAGUGUCACACAAAGACUACCGCGGUGCAGUCACCAUUCUCUUUGAUCGAUUGCGACUCGUCCAACGAUCAGCUCGUGCUCGUCAUGAUCCCCAGGCCACUGCGCUUCGACAGGUUCUGCUUGCGCUAAUCAACGCAAUGGCCUGCGUUGCGCCCGAGGAGGCUUACAUUCUGGUCGAUGAAGACACGAAGCCACAAACCAAAUAUGGGCACAAUGAUGGCAACGACACUACAAUGACUGGAGCUGAUGACCAUAAUGACGAGGAAGGUCGACCCAAGAAGAGACGACGUAUCAUUGUCACACUGGAGGACCUGCGCAAAGAAUACCAGCAGGUGCUGGACAAGUGUAGCCGUAUUGAGCGUGGCGAUUUCGACUUCGAUGUCGACGGUGAUAGCGAUGAAGAUGGUGAGGACACCUUGCAGGUGGAUCAAUCUCGGCUUAAUCUCUCGUCGCGAAACGGGGAUACGAUGGUUUUCUGA